AUGAAAACUUUAAAAAAGAUCUGAACAUGGAUUUGGCCAGCAGUGGUUGUUAUAGUGAUCUUGUGUGCGCAGGCGAGUGGGGAAGGAGAUGUGCAGAGUGGGGAUGAGGAGAAGGAUGGGGAUUAUAGAUCGGCAUAUUUUGUAGAAGAUGGGUUGGGAGGUGAGGGGAGAGUUUGAGAUUUUGUGCAAGUUGAGAGAUUUGGAGAUAAAUUUUUUUGUUUAAUUAAACAGACGUCGAAUUUGGGAGAAAAAGUAGUUAUAUGCGAGUAUACAUCUACUUCUGAUACUUUCAAAAACUGUCAUGAAAUCUCUCCUAACCUCCCUCCAAACUCCCAGCUCCUAAGCUUGGUCCCUACCUCAAUGGCCGUAGUUUCCUCUACUUCCAAAUCCCUACUACUCUUUAGCAAACAAUCCACGAUUCCUUCCAGCUCGAUGAUACUAUACACAUACACUCUAGGAAACCCCGAAGACAGCGAAUCCCUAUUUCAACGGGUUGAAGAAGAACUUCCUAUUGAUGAUGGAGAUGAUGGACCAUAUUUCAUGAAUGAUAAGAAUAUAUAUUUCUUAUCUAAUUUUCAUACCUCUGGAUCAUCUCUGGUCAAAAUAGAUAAGGAUACAAAAUCACAGUCAAGGAUUGAAUUUUUACCGGAUAGAUGCAGGAUAAAGAAGUUCAUUGCGUUUGAUCCAGAAAAUCCUUAUUCAUUGGUCAUAUCAGAAUCUAAUCAAGACGUUGAAAUAAUUGAGAUAUCAAAUCGAGACUCCAGCUACUCUAUUAAGGACUCCCCAUAUUCCCCUUUCCUCACCUACCAUACCUUAUUCACAUGCCCAGAAAUCUCAACCUGUAAACUUGGAGACGAAAUCACCUGGGUCAGCUACAAAGACCCAACCAAAAGCCAGCCUCCUACCACAAUCUUCCUAAUGCUCCAGUAUGACCACCGCAACAGCACUUCCCCUUCCCUACUAUUCACCAGCUACGUGUACUUCAUCACCCUCAAAAUCACCACUGACUCCUCCUGCACCAACGACUGCUUAAGCAAGAACAAACUCGUGGCUGACUGAGGGAAUGUCCUCAGGACCAGCACAAAUGCUGAGGUGAGAGACAGUAGGAUGGAUAUUAACGGACAUAUGGUGUAUGGAGUGUAUUUUGAUGUGGAGUAUGACAAAUAUGUCAUGUUUCAGUAUGAUAUUAGUGCAGCAGAGUUUUUAGAGAAGAUGUUUGAGAUUGAGAAUAAGUAUAGUAUUGUUCAUGUGUAUGGUGGAAAUAUCUUUACUUUUGGACAGUAUGAUAGCAGUUGAGGUAUUGCCAGAGUGAAUGUUGAUGAAAUUUCCAAACAUCAAGAUUUUGAAGAAGUAUCAACAAAUGAGCAAAGGAAAUUUACAAAUUUAAUUCCAGAGCUUAGUUGUUCGUCUAUCCCAGAUACUCUAAAUCAAAAAUUAAGAAAUUUGGAUACAAUUUAUGAAAAAUCAAGCCCAACUCCAGAGAAUAUAAACGAAGAUAUUGAUUUAUCACUGGAAGACAAAAGGGAAUUAGGUAUAGUUUCUUCUGAAGAAGCCGAUCUUGAGCUAUACUGUCUUGGAAGCUACACAUGUUCAUUUGAUGAUGUUAACAAAAGUUACCCCCUGAAUAUCAGCCAACAUCAAACCUCUCAUGGCAAUUAUUGAAUGUCUUUCUGAUAUGACAGAUGUGAGCUUGACAUUAGAUACAAAUUAAUUCCUCUCAGAGAUAACUUACCACAUGGAGAAGCUCAGCUCACAGAAAUAGCUAAAAUUGAUGAAAAAACAGGAAAAUUAAACAUUACUAAUGAGAAUCUUACUUUAAGACUUAGAAGUUUUGUUGGAAGAAUUGAAGCAAGUAUCGUUGGUGCAUCGGCUUGUGGGCUUUUUCACAGCACUGUUGUUAUCAAUGAGACUCAACUUUACGAAAAUUAUGAGGCAGAUAUAGAUUAUGUUGACACUUAUUAUAUCCUUCAAGGAAUAAUCCUCGUCUUAGGAAUAUUAAUUGCUCUACUUGCAUGGAAGCCACUCACAAGUGUAUUUAUUGUAAUUAAUCAGCAACAACUGAUCGUGCUGCUGAUGCUGAUUGACAUACAUAUUCAUCCUGAAGUUAGAAACUACAUCGUCAGAACAAACAUAGCCCUGCUCGACUUCGAAUUCGCCGGCUACAGACUCUCCCACUUCUUCGGCCUCAAAUCCUCCCUCCAACCCCACGAAGAGAACAAGCAAGUGAUCCUUCGCUACUUCGGCUACAGCUCUCCAAGCAUGCUGUACACGAACAAGAACUUGUUCUUGUUCGUAAUGAUGGUGAUCCUAAUCCAGUUCAUUUUCUAUGUGCUUCAUUUAUUAUUGAGGUUUUGUCAGAGCAUCCAGUUAAGGAAAAGAAAAGGAGAAAGAAGUCAAUUAAAUGCAGAUAAUAAUAACAAAAAGCAAAAGAAUAGAAAUGAUAUAGAUGAAGAUAACUUUAAAAGCCUUGCCCAGAAUUCAGAGCAAAGCCAAAAUAUGGAAUCAAUCGCCUCAACAAUCCGAAGAGGAAGACCAAUCACCCCUUCCAGCAAUGAUAUCCCACCAACCUCUCCCACCCCAUCCAAUCCCUCUUCCCUCUCCAAGGCCUCCCUCCUCUCUUUCAGGAAGUCCAACUGGAAGUACACGAGGCUGCACCUAAAGGUUCUUCAGAAGAGCAGUUACAGGAUUUUGAUAGAGGCUUAUACAGGACUGUUGCUUACGAGCUGGAUUGAUAUUAGGAGUAAUAGAGGAGGAUGGACGCAUGCGGUCGCGUAUGUUGUCUUUGGAGCGCUGUGAUGCAUGCUUAUAAAAGACUUGGCUUGAAACUCCAGAGCUAGACCAGUCUGAACAAGAGGAAGAAAGAAGAGAGAAGAAAGAGCAAGAAGUGAAGAAGGAACAGGAAGAUUAUGAGACUGAAGAAGUAGAGAGUGUGAAUGAGGGGAGAAGGAAGAGAUAGAGGAUGAGGAUGAGGAGCAGAAGGUUUUAUUAGAGCAGAAUGAGGGAGUGGUGGUUAGGAGGAUGUAUCAGCCUAUGAUGUUGCUCAGGAAGUUUAUUUUUGUGAUGUUUAUUAUGGAGCUUCCUGCUUCGAAGCUUACUGUUUUAUGGAGUUUAUUUGUUGUGCAAAUCUUUUUCUGUGCAGUAUUUUUAAUGAUCAAGACGUUUAAAAUGUUGAGAUUUGAGUGGAAUGUGCAAUUUUCAAGUGAAGUAUUCUUUACCUUCAUAAUAUUGUUUUUCUUGACUCAUUCAAAAGCAAAGGAUUGGAAACUUGAUUCUGAAAACCAGACUCCAAAGUUUAUGAUAAUUGGAUUCCUCAUUUUCAAUUUGGCGUUCAUAAUAGUUUUGCAAUCACUCAACAUUAUUUCAUUGCUCUGGGUUCGUGUCAAACAAUUAAAGACAAGAUUAGGGAUAGGCAGGUUAAAUGAAACAGUUUUAGAAGGCUCACCAGAAACUGCUUCUAAUGGAGGUAGAACAGAAGAUAAAUAUCUGAGAACCCAGGAUAGCACUGGGGAAAUGAUAAGAGAUCCAACAUCAUAUUUCCCACACCGAGAUCGAUUAUUCAAACAAAGCAAUGAAGAUUCAGAAUCCAAUAAUCCAAACCAGUUGGAUCAAUCUUCAAGUAUCGAACAAACAGUAUCUAUCAAUGAAGGUAGGGGAGAAAACCCAAUGGGGCCAGAUCGUUUUGAGACUGAAGGAAAUUUGCUUGCCGAGGUGGAAUCAAAAGGUUGCAAAACUAUUGAUCUACAUUUGAAAGAUGCUUCUUUGCUUUAUGAUCCUCAAAUAAAAGGGAAAGAAGGUUUCAAAGGAAAAGAAAUGACAGAUAUUCAAAAAAAAAUUAUGGCAACCGAUAAAACUCAAUUUGAAGAGAAUUCUAAUGAAGAAGACAAAGAGGAUAGGCAUGGUCAGAGCUUAUUUAUUCAGGAAAAUGAAGAAUCAUUAGAAAUGCAAAAUAUGACUCAAAAAGCAGCUCUCACUGAUAGAGAACCCAUAAACCAACACAAUAGUUCCAUUGAGCACAGAUUAAGCUCUAUCCAAGACACCACUCAAAAUACAAAAAUCAUCCCAGACGACACAUCCGAGCCCCUCUCCCUCUCCAAUGUUAUCCUCUGUCGCUCUUCCCAACCUCCCGGCUACUACCUCAACAAAAUCCAACAGAGGCCCAAUAAAUAACCCAUUCUGCUAACCCCUUUAUCCAA